GAGAGAGAGACCUGCUGAACCCUUCUAGUAUAAUCCAUGUGGCUUUGUUGACGCAAAUGGUAGCCUUGCUAAACAGAUGCUCAUGUUGUUCCGGCCUGCUCGUCUGUGUGUGUGUGUGUGUGUGUGUGUGUGUGUGUGUGCAGUGGUUGUUAAUUAAGUGGCCUGCGGGGAGGAUGAGAGCUGUUGCAACACUGAAGGGUUCAACUCGGUAGUAGAUCCUCAGCCGUUCUACGUAAACAGACGUAUCUGCAGAACAUGCAAGCAAACUCUGCCACGUGGGUGUGUUUAAUGCACCGGUGACUCCACCCUCCAUGCCUUCCCUCCAGAGCUUUCACCCUAUAGAUGUACAUGCACCCCUCUUGUGUUCAUCACAGAGAAGGGGUGGCUGUUGGGUGUGGGGUGGCAUCCCCGCACCAGUGGUGGCCGCAGGAGACCCAGUGACUGAUAACUAUGUUUAUGUAAGCAGGGGUUCUGUGUAAAAAAUGAUGUAAACUUUUUAGUUCGUGGAUUAAUGUGUGGCAUAAUGUAAUCAACAUGGAGCGUUGUGUUUGGGAGUAACUUCCCCGCGGAGAGCGAUGUGUCAGUGCGGUGCGCAGUGCCCGCGGGACCGUGUGGCCGCGACCUGAGAACAACGGUGGGCGGUAACGUGUCACAGGGCAGCGCGUAUACUCUGCUAGCAGGACCAGUGCUUGGGAGGAGCUUUUUAGAAGAGAGAGUAGAAACUUUAGCAUGAUACCACGUGCCAGCUCCUAACUAGCUAUGGGAUCCACGCUAGGCUGCUCAAGGGACGCUGGGAGCACCAUAUCCGUCCAACCAGCGCCCGCCGCUCCCGCCUCCUCUGAGGAGUUGGCCCCCGAAGGCAACCCACGGAACAAGACUGCCCUCAAGCCUGGUCGCAGCCUUAUGGACUGGGUGAAGCUGGGCCACUCAGGGGCUGACCUCGCUGGCACCAAGGGCACGCUGCUCGACGUUACGCCGCAGGAGCUUGCCAAACACAGCAAGAGGAAUGACGCGUGGAUGGCACUCAAAGGCAAGGUGUACAACGUGACGCCCUAUAUGGAGUUCCAUCCUGGCGGUGAGGAAGAGUUGAUGCGUGGUGCUGGACAGGACGCCACACACCUCUUCAAUGAGGUGCACAAGUGGGUCAACUUUGAGGGUAUGCUGCAGAAGUGCCUGGUGGGGACGGUUGGUGGAGAGCCGUCCUUUCUUCCUCAAGCCCUCCUUCCUGCCUCUGGGUCGCAGCUCAUCCAAGACACAUAUGUUAUGCCACAGAACAGAAAAAUUCCUUAUCAGUGCCCAACACAAAUGCCCAGACAGUGUCCAGUGCCAGAUCUCCACUGGUGUCCCCCACUCACCCCAUCACCCUUACCUAGCCCCAAGUAUGAUUGGUUCCAGACCCACACAGUGAUCAACCUGGCUGUGUACACCCGCUGGAAACACAUGACCAGGGAGCGUGUUGUGGUGCUCAAGCGGGAGGCGGUGGUGAAGGUAGUGUGCUACAUUCAGGACAUGGUGUAUGUGGUGCACCUGGAGCUGGAUAAGGCUGUGUCCCAUGAGUUUGAGGUGCGGGUAGGUGGCAGUGUCGGGAAGGUGGACAUCCUCCUCCAGAAACAAGAGACAGGAGUGCGGUGGAGUCGAGUGGGCAAGACGCUACCUGGCCACGGAGAACACCUCAAAGGCAAAGACAUGGAGAUUGAGUAUGUAGAGUGCACUCUGGUGAGGCGGGAAGCCAUCACCCACAAUACUUCCCUGCUGGUGCUACAGGUGCCAGAACAAACCCACCUGCCUGUGCCUGUUGGGUAUCAUGUGUACCUCAGGAGUCCCAGCAAAGAGAUUGUGAAGCCUUACACUCCUGUGGCCUCAGCUCUGUCCCUGAACAGCCAGGAGGAGCCAGGCCGCCACAUUCACCUUUUCAUCAAGGUGUACAGUGAUGGAGCUCUGACCCCUAUCCUGGAUGCACUUCCUGUGAGCUCCACCAUAGAAGUGAGUCUACCACAGGGAACCUUCUCUCAUGACCAGCUGACAGCUGCCACCACCACCGCCUCCCAUCUAGUCCUCCUGGCAGCGGGCACGGGCCUCACUCCCAUGGUCAAGCUGAUGCUGCCUGCCCUCAGGAAUAAAAAGAACGUUCGUCUUCUUCUUUUCAACAAAACUGAAAGUGACAUCCCUUGGAAGCAAGAGUUUGAAAACCUGGUGGAAGAGAGCAGUAGUCUGUUAAAGGUGAGCCAUGUGUUGUCUGAGGGGAGCUCCUCCUGGACUGGCUUGAGGGGUAGGAUAGACAAAACCCUGCUUGAAAAGUUAUUGCCAGAGAACAGCCAACAACAAACAACCUACCUGUGUCUCUGUGGUCCAACAGAAUUCACCAAACUAGGCAUCAGUCUCCUUGGUGACCUUGGCUACAGCAGUGAUGCCUGUCAUGCCUUCUUGGGAUGAGGAUAAGGAUGUGGUACCACAUCUGCUCCUCCUGUGUGGUUUGGAGACACACACACACACACACACACACACACACACACACACACACACACAAUGAACCAAAGUUUUUGCCAGUGUCUAGACUAAUACUGACGGGUGAUGCCAUCAAUACAAGGGUUCAUGUGUUCUUUCACUAGCUCCCUGGCUGGUAACAUUAGUCAUACCAAGAAUCAGACAAAAGAAUGAAGUAGAUUUUAGUUGAUAUGAUAUCAGUAAUGAAGUGUCUUUAUCAUUGAAUAUGAUUUAAAUAAUAAGGUGUGUUCCUAUUAUAAUUAUAAAGCGGUACUUGAAAAUUCCAUGCCAUGUGUUGUUUGUGGGAAUGACUUGGAAGUGGAUGCAGUAUCAGGUGUUUGAACCAUGAUUAUUUACUCAUAGGAAUGCUAAGUUGUGGAUUAGAUUUUAUUAUAAUUCAGUGUUGUUAUCCAAGUAAUUUCUCUAUCUAAAGCAGCUGUCUGAUUCUAAAGCAGCUGUCUGGCUGUGUUGUUAUCCAAGUAAUUUCUCUAUCUAAAGCAGCUGUCUGGUUCUAAAAGAACAUAACAAUAUGAGAACAUGAAGAGUCUGUGAAAAGUGGAUGCCUGCUCAAAACUUUUAUUGUGCACACUGAUCUGUGGCACUUGUCUGGUGAUGCAUAGGCAGCAAGAAAUAAUUAAACAUGGCAGCUUAUCUUUCAGCUUAGGUUUCUUACAAAACAUACAACCAUUGUGAUGUUACAAAUUACAUGGCAUGCAUCAGGGGUACAAAAUUUUUUAUAACUGGAAGUAAUGAAAAUCCAUGCAUUCUGUCUGUUAAUGAACUUUAAUGAUCUCAACUUGCAGGAGUAUGUUUUUUUUUUUUUUUUUUUUUUUUUUUUUUUCACACUGUCUGUCCAUACAUAUCAAAUUGAAAUCCUCACAUAUGAAUAUUUCUGGAGAGGAUGGUACUGAAGUUGAAAUGUCCUGUGACUGAACAUUGUGUCAUUAUAACUGUGUUGGUUUGUACUGUAAAGGCUUGUAUCCUCUGUCUUACAAAAGUGUGGUGGUGGAGCAUUACAACAAAAUCGAACAGCAUUGCUUGUUGAAUUACUACAGUAUUUAAAACUCAAGACUCAUAGUUGUACAUGGUUCACACAUAGAUGGUUGAGCACAUACCAGCUGUUAUGUAGAGAAAUUACUUGCCAACUCAUGGUCUAAGCUCUCUCCUGACUCCUAAGGCACACUCAGCACCAUGGGCACUGGCCUCAAGCCUGCAGCCACUGUACUAUCACUGAGGUUGAAAAAAUAUUGUCAUAAAUAAUAAAGGCAGUGUAGCUAUGCAUUGUUUGCUUGAUGUAAUCUUGUCAUACUUGGGGAAGUAGCAUGAAUAGUUAUUGCUUUGUAAUAUUUCCCAGUUAGUUAUGGGAGUAUAGAGCUAUUUUUGCUGAACACAUUGGUCUGUAGGUUUACCAGUCAUCAUCUCUCAGUGAUAGUCGUGAGUCACACUGAGGCUUUCAGUAUCAAGGAGAGAACUAAAUCAGGUAGCCUUUACACACACACACACACACACACACACACACACACACACACACACACACACACCAACUGAAGAAGAGUAAUAAGACUUCAACAUUUUGCUAAUAAACACCCAAAGUUUAGCUGCCACUCUUAAAAAAAUAUAUUGUGGGGUUUAUUAAGUUUUCUCAUUACCUGCAUCCUUCACUCAGGCUUUGUGUUCAGAGUAAUUCAGCAAGUGUCCUGCAGGAAGCAAUACUCAUUUGACUACAUCAACAUCACCACAAAUUGUUCCCUCACUACUACAUGGAAGUAAAAAUGCUUGAAAUGGAAAAUUUUUUACGUCAAUUACUUUCACUAUUAUUAUUAUUAUUUAUUUUUAUUUUUUUUUGCAUAGCACAGGCAUUUUUUCAAGUAAUAGAUUUGAACUGCUUUGAUCCCUGACCUUUGUCCUCCAUUCCACAUCCAAGCCUCACUUGUAAGUGGUACAAUUAUUCCAUCACAUACUUUUUUCACUCUUUUACCAUCCUUACUUGCUGUUCUUUUCCAUCACUAUAAAGAUCUAACCACUUUUUUUCCUUUUUUUUCUCCAUUCACACAGAUAUUUUCUCGUCUCACCUUCCAGGCCUCAUUGCAUACACAGACUAAGCAGCAUAAUGUACUACUGCAUCCUGUCUUCACACCUCCACUUCAUAUUACACUAUGCAAUACCCAAACAUAUGUACAUCAGGUCUCAGGAGUUUGUGAAGCCAUUGGGAAGAUUGAUGAUAUGUCCUCUCUCACCAGCCUAUGUGUUGUAUGAGGACAUCCAGGCUAGCUUUGUGUGGCAACUGUAGGAUUCCGUGUGAAUCAGGAUUUGCUGGAUAUGUAGAGAGAGAGAGAGAGAGAGAGAGAGUGCAAACUAGAUGCUAUAUUGAAUUAUUGUGAUUGUUAAAAAUGUGAAAGCAUAUAUUAAUACAUGUUUGUUGUAAAAGAUAUGUUUUACGUAAAUAAAAGCUGUUUGUGUA